AUGCUGCCUCAAGAGCGACGCGUCGCGACAGCUUCUUUGCGCGCACUUGAAACACUGGAUGCUGCCGAGGGCAGCGAGCGUAAGAGAGUUCGUGCUGCUCCCGCUUUGCGUCCCUUCGCAGACUGCUUUGAGCUUCUGGACUGUGGAGACGGCCUGGAGAUCUUUGUCGCCAAUCCCAUCAGGGUGCUUCUGGUAGCUGCAGCGCGGUGUCACUGGUAUCUCGAAGCCUUGCGCCGCUGGGGGCCGCAGAUUUCGUGCGCCCUCUUCGUCGACGAAACGACCGGGGGCAAUGUCUUGAAGGUCGAUCAGAGAUUGAAGGUUUGCUUGUUUUAUCUCGGCCUGCGACAGCAGUUGCGGGAGGCGCCCAAUCGCACUAGCCUUUUUCCUGUUGCAGCUUGCACGCAUGAGCAGCUCAAAGAUGGCCCACACGUCCUCAGCCUGGUCCUUGCAAGGCUCGUGCGCCAGUGGCGUGCGAUGGGGGCAUGGUCGGCCGCGAACGUGCAUGGCGUGGAGAUCACUCUCCAGCUGUGCGUGUUCGUGGCCGACCACGAUGGCCAGCGCAUGGCGUUCAUGUCGAAGGGCAGUGCGGCAAUCAAGCCGUGCCUCUUCUGCGCGAACGUCGUCAAGAAGCACUGCGCGGCAACCCGGGUUGACGACCACUUCGUGGACAUCUGCGAGGACGAUGUGGCCAGAUUCAUGGUCACAUCGUCCGCCGAGGUCUUCGUGGCGUUUGACGAUCUGCUCCCGCAGGCGUCGAACGCUUCGAAGGCCCGGCGCGCAGAGCUUGAGAAGUGCUUCGGCUUCCAUCUUGACCCGCGCAGUCUGCUUGCUGAUGUCGUGGCACGUGCAGAACUGCCUUUGGAGGCCGUCGUCAACGAUAGCAUGCACUACUUCAGUAACGGCGUCGCAAGCCAAGAAGUGAAUCUGCUUGUCACAUGUCUUGCCGAGCACCUCAUCACCCCAAGCUUGCUGCGUGAUGCUGUUGCGCAGACCAACUGGACCCGGCCAAAAAGGCUGCGAGACCAUGGCCAGACGAGGUACUGGACAAGUUCUCUCUUCAAGGAUGUCUUGUUUCAGGGGGACCUCUACAAGGGUUCGGCUGGGGAUACUGUGGCUGUAUGUCCUUUGAUAUAUUACUAUGCCAAAGAGCUGGCUCCCACAUCCCUUCAGCCACAGCUGGCAAGCUUUGCAGCGCUGCUGGACUGCAUGGCUGCUCUUGAAGCAUGCUCGCGUCGUGCAGGAACACCUGAAACGGAGGCCCUGUGCGCAGCUCAGCAGAAGCACAUGCGUUUGUUCAAGGCGGCGUACUCCGCGGACCUCCUGCAGCCCAAGGCGCACCACCGUAUGCACCUCCCGUCGCACUACAGACGCCACGGGUAUCUCACGUGCUGGGAGCAAGAGUCCGCUCACCGAUACUACAAGCACGACCUGGCGGAGGCGCUGCAACACUUGAUAAGUCAGCCGGAGGCUUUCGGUAAGGCCCUGCUCUCACGCAUGCUUCUCCGUGUUGUGACGGAGCUGACUGGCAGAGUGGAGCCGCGAACGUCGGCCUUGCAGCCGCCUGUGGUUGACAGUGACAGCGUGACGGCUCUGUACGACGUACCUGCCACUUUGAGUGAGACCUGUUUGGUUGCCGGGCUUUCCCUGGCCAAGGGGGACGUGAUCCUGACUCCGGACUUGCGCCGUGCUGCAGUCAUCCACUUCUUUGCGCAGCGUGACAAUGCUGCCAUAUAUGCUGUUCUCUCAGCAUACAAGCUGUCCACCGCUGGCGCCCACUGCCGCUCCUAUGAAUUUUUUGGUCAGGAGACGUGGGGCCUAGCCGAAGUGCAAGGCUGCUAUACGGUGCGCUGGUGGUGCUUGGACGGCAAUGUCUUGCAGUGCCUGCACACAAACUUGCAGUGA